AUCAUACUGUCUUUCAGCUGUUGGGUGUUGAGUUAUUUUGCUUGAAUGUUGAUAGCAGCAGCUGUUACUGCAGCCGUAGUCUCCUGCAACACACACACACGAUAGACCCCUUCGUCAGUUUCUGACAGAGCAGAGAGCAGGCAGCUCAGCACUGGACAGAAGAAGUGCAUGCUAGCUGUGCACACAGGCUCACCCAGGCAAGAGGAGCAGAUACCCCACAGCCACCUCCUGGCCAGGAUAUAAGAAAAAGGACAUACAAUCACUAGUGCCCUAACAUCUGUCAGGAGCUGUCAUCCACCCCAGUGAUCAAGUAUUUCCACAAUGAGCCGAAGAGUGGUGCGCCAGAGCAAAUUCCGGCACAUUUUUGGCCAGCCAGUAAAAGCUGACCAAAUGUAUGAAGACAUCCGGGUGUCUAGGAUAACUUGGGACAGCUCGUUCUGUGCUGUGAAUCCAAAAUUUUUAGCCAUCAUUGUGGAGUCGAGUGGAGGAGGGGCAUUUAUAGUGUUACAAUUAUCUAAGACAGGCCGCGUGGAUAAGAAUCAUCCCACAGUCAGUGGUCAUACAGCUCCAGUACUGGACAUAGAUUGGUGUCCCCACAAUGAUAAUGUCAUUGCCAGCGCAUCAGAUGACACUACAAUCAUGGUUUGGCAAAUCCCAGAUUACACACCCGUACGAUCAAUUACGGAACCCAUCGUCACGCUGGAAGGUCACUCAAAGAGAGUAGGCAUUAUCACGUGGCAUCCGUCAGCACGCAAUAUAUUACUCAGCGCAGGCAGUGAUAACGUAAUCAUUAUUUGGAACGUGGGGACUGGCGAGGCUCUCAUUACCUUAGACGAGCUGCACAGUGACCUCAUCUACAAUGUCUGCUGGAACUACAAUGGAAGUCUCAUCACCACCACCAGCAAAGAUAAGAAAGUUCGGGUUAUUGACCCUCGCAAACAAGAAAUAGUAGCUGAGAAACUUACCCCCCAUGAGGGGAUGAGACCAAUGCGAGCCAUCUUUACCAGAGAUGGAAAUAUCUUUACAACGGGCUUUACACGGAUGAGUCAGAGAGAACUGGGCUUAUGGGACCCGAGUAACUUUGAGGAACCCAUUGCUCUACAAGAGAUGGACACUAGUAAUGGGGUCCUGCUGCCAUUCUAUGACCCUGAUUCCAGCAUAGUCUACCUCUGUGGCAAGGGCGACAGCAGUAUCCGUUACUUUGAGAUAACAUCAGAGCCACCCUAUGUCCAUUACUUGAGUACCUUCAGCAGCAAAGAACCCCAAAGAGGAAUGGGUUUCAUGCCCAAGAGAGGCUUGGAUGUCAGUAAAUGUGAAAUAGCCAGGUUUUUCAAGCUGCAUGAGCGGAAAUGUGAGCCCAUUGUCAUGACAGUACCAAGAAAGUCAGAACUCUUCCAGGAUGACCUGUACCCAGACACGCCUGGACCUGAGCCAGCACUGGAAGCAGAGGAAUGGUUUUCGGGACAGGAUGCUGAUCCUAUAUUGGUAUCACUAAGAGAUGGUUAUGUUCCUAUAAAGAACAGGGAACUUAAAGUCACAAAGAAAAAUAUUCUGGACAACAAACCUCCAACUGUGCCACGUAGAAGCUACUCUUCCUGUGAAUCUGGAUUCUCUAAAGUCUCUCUAGAGGACCUCCUUGAAGAAAUCAAAUGUUUACGAGCCACUGUUGAAUCUCAGGAGAAGCGCAUCUCAAACCUGGAAAACCAACUACAUGAACUUUCCAAUGGCACCGCCUGAGACAGGACUGUGAGAUUCCACCGACCCAGAAUGCACUUCAAGAAUUACAUGCCCUUUUCCCUAGCAAGCAAACCUGAUUAUGUUUUACAGGAGGGGAUGGAGCCAAUGCAUGGACUCCAAAAGGAAUCUCCCCAAUUUAUCCCAUUCAUUGUUAGAGGAGUCUGCAGGGGCCCUCUUCCUUGGGGUGGGUUAUGUCUAAGGGACUGGGGAUAAAGACUAGUCGCUAUUUUUUUUCCAAAACGCUAUUAGACUCCUCCAUCUGCAUCCCCACAGAGAACAAUCCAUAGGCUGCUUUAACUGCUGAAAUGAAGAUUCGGCAAUCUGAAACAAAAGCUAACAUCGGUAGUGUGCAAGACUUUCAUCACUUGUAGCAAUGGGACAAAGUACUUCCAGUGAAUUAGAAGCACAUGCCAUAUUUCCUCUCCUCCUCCUCCUCCUCCCCUUUCCCUUUCCAUUAUUUCCCAGCUUUCUUACUUUUGAUACAUUUUGAAUGAUGAAUUUUAGAAUAAUCACAUUUUGGUUUGGCAAGAAGAUAAAAUUAUAUACAUAGAUAUAAAAUCUAUAGACUAACCGCUUUCCAGAGAAGCAAAGGUAUUAACGUUUCUUAGGUGUAAAGAAGAACACCUAAAGUUUAGAUUUAUAAAUGACAAAAUGCAGCAUUAGGCUUAUGUCUAUGGCAUUCCAAAUCAAAGGGGCAUCCCAUCUCGCUACCACCCCCCCUCCCCUGAACUAUGCUCAUUUGUAGCUAAUACUACUGGGCAGUAUCCCAUCCAAUCUUAAUUAGGAAUGUCUUACUGUAAAUACAACUCUUUAUAUACACAUUGCGGCUACAUGUGUAUAAAGUGUACCUGUAACCUAUACACAGUCAUGAUCAUGUACAAAGUGCAAAAUGCCCUUGGUAGUGCCCUUGGUGAUGCUGUGUACAUACAUAGCAGAUGCAUCUAGAUUUCCUGCUGCAGAGCAAAAUGGUAUCGGUAGUGGAGGAGCGGUCGCUUGCACAAGGCGAUGGGAGCUUGGUUGUGUUAGGGUGUAUGGAGAAGGCAGUUUGGUGCAUUUUGUUUUGGGGAACACAGAAACACAAUAUAGAAUUCUGUGGAGUAGGAUCAUUGAAAUGAAGUUCCAGUAAGGGGCAGAGAGCAGCAUUGCUAGAGGCUUCCCCUGCUGUAUAUAUAGCAGCACAGCAGCUACCUUCUGCUUCUGGUACUGCCUCAGAGCUGUCAGCGUUUUGUAUGGGUCUUGUGCCAUAUAAUCUUUCAAACAAAGAAGUGCCACAUGUAAUAAACACAGUCCUAAUGACUCCUCAGUGUCAUGAAUAAUUUAAGUCAUAAAUGAGACUAAUUAAGCCGCAUUUUAAGAGAGAAAUAGAAAAACUAAAUGUCAUAACAUGGUUUGUUGUAAAGUGCUGAAAGGUUGGACUAUGAUGCAGCAGUACACCUUUGCACAGUAUGCCCCUCCAUUACUCCACAACCCACAGACUUAGCCGGAAGUACGGAGGCAUCUCUUCCUAGCGGAGGUGGGUACCGUGGGCAGGGUGGGCCAUCUUGGUGCACUGCUGCUCAGACAAGGAGUUUGGGACAUCCAGUGUUCAUAAAUAAGAAGUAGUGGAGGCAGCAGUGUGGUAGGCUAGGCCAAUACCCAUGACCAGGCAGCCAGUAUAGUCAGUAGGAGCACAUUGUCUCAUUGACAUAUGCUGGUAAUGGAUCGGCUGCACUCUGUGUAGGUAGCUAAUGCACGUUAAAGUCUUCCAUGAUUUAGAAAUAUUAAACCUGUCAAAGGUCAGGGAGACUGAAGUGUGAUUUUUUAACAUCCGGUUGUUUAAUUAUUCUUAAUGAUCUAAUGUAAUUUUCCUGUUGUGAAGACAAGAACUAACAGCGGACUGCUUCUGUGUUACUAUGUGCCAUAGUUCCUUGCUGCGUCCAUCCAUAUUCUGUGUUGCCAUGCACCCUACCCAGUGGGGCAGUAAUAGCAAAUAUUACACUGGUGGCCAUACAGCUUUGUAACGCCACUUGCUGAAUACUGUCUACAGUACUUCACAUAAUGAUGUCUAUUACAGCUGGGUUUUUUUGUUUUCUUUCCACAUGAUGUACUUUGUGUGAUACUGCCCCUCAGGUUUUCAAUAUCUCUGUACAAAUUUUCCACCCAUGUUGUGGAAGCUGUCUAUCUGCUCACUAGAAACUAGUAAGAACUCUCAGGUGUAAGAACGUUUUUGCCUUGCUUAGAGUUUGAUGCAUUGAAUGACGUCUGUAUGGUAAGCAAGCCGUAUCACAAGACAUGUCCAACUGAAUAUAUAGAAGUAAAUCUAUGGCAGACAUAUAUGUACACUUACUUCCAGCAAUAGUGUACAGUUGCAGAGGUUGCAUUACCCUCUUUGUACACAAUAAACUGUAAUGAAGUGACAUAGGGGGGUCAUUCAGAUCUGAUCGCUGGGCUGCUUAUUUAGCUCUCCUGCAUUCAUAUAGUUGCUGCCUCCACUGGGAGUAUAUAUUCACUGUGCAAGUGUGCAAUCCUAUGUGUACGCCGAGCUGCUAAAAUUAACUUUGUGCAGUCUCUGCGCAGCCCAGGAUUUACUCCUACCGUGCGAUUAGAACAGGCUGAUCGGGGCCGGCGCUGACGUCACACACCCUCCCUGAAAACGCUUGGGCACGACUGCGUUUUUCUGAACACUCCCAGUAUGCGGUCAGUUACCACCCACAAGUGGCUUCCUUCUGUCAAUCCCCUUUGUGAACACCAGUGCAAUUAGAGUUUUCGCAGCAUUCUGUUGCUGGCUGGCAAUGCCCUUUGUUGUUGUCCGACACGCGUGCGCAUUGCGGUGCAUACGCAUGCGCAGUUAGUACCUGAUCACCCGCUGUGCGAAAACACACUGCAGUGAUCACAUCUGAAUGACCCCUUAUAUACAAGAGUGAAUACUAUCCUAACACUGUUAGUGAUAAAUGUGACAGUUCUUCCUGCAUUUGACCAAAUAAAGAUGACAAACAAGAAACCUAACACAGAUGACCACAACUUGACUUAAUAUAACCACAAUGUUAAUCUUUUAACUACUAUAUGCUGGAGGGGUUCAGGGGCUAAUUCAACAAGGAACGCAAAACUGCGAAAAUACGUAAAAUCUGAGACAAAAAAUACAAUUUCUGAGACAAAAAAUACAACUUCUGAGACAUAGCAAAAACUGCGUAUGUACUACGAAAACUAGGCGUGUAGGGGGCGUACUAAAGGGCUGGACUUGCAAAAACUACGAGCAGGGGCAUGUUGUGGGCGUAUGCAGAUUUUAGAUAGGCGGAGCAUACGCAUUUUUUGCAACUGAACGCACAUUUAUGGUGUGCAGUUUCUGAGUGACUACAGGUCUACCUUAAAAUCUGCACAAGCUGACCUCAGUUGUAGAAUGUUCGAUGUAUACUACAAUCAUUGCUUCAUUACACCUAGCUGAAGCAGCUCAUGCUGCUGACCACAAUUCAGUUUAUUCAGCUGCAUUGAAACUUCACUACAUGUAAGGGAGCUUUAAACUAUUUAACACAUGUAUUACUCAAAAAUAUAUCUUAGUAGUAACCUAAUAAUUCCUUAAGUUAAUAACAAUGCAGGUUUGUCAAGAACACACUUGUUUUCCUACAAACGUACAAUAACAUUUACAAGCAAGUUUUUUUAAUUUUUUGUUUGGUUAAUGGCUUUUUGUUUAAAAGCUGAGUUUUUUAAUGAUUUAAAGCAACAAACAAUUAUCUUCAAAAAUCAUACCCACAUACAUGGGGGUAUGACAAAGAAACAUGUUCAAUAACAUCACCACAAUAAUUGUGAUUUUGUGGACAUUUUAAUUUUGCACCACUUUUAAAAAAAAAUAUUUUCACAUUAAACAAUAACAUAAGGAAUGUUAAUAAUAACAAAGAAACAUUAAUAUGUCAUGUAUGUAAACUUUCAACAUAAAAAAAAAAAUCUUCCUUUUUCUGCCUGCGUUUGUGGAUUCACCAGCGGCAGUAGCUCGUCUUGUUGUAUGACGCAUCCUGUCUGUAGGCAUUGUUGGAUAAAUGAUAUGUGUGGCUGAUGUUAAAUUGUGACAUCAGAAACCUUUAUGCAAAAAAUGCGACUGUGUAAGUUUUUUCGCAAAAAAUGCGGAUUUUUAAAUCUAAUCGCAAAAUUUGCAAAUUUGACAAGUCCUCCUUUUUUUUUGUAACAUUAAAUUAGUGUUGCAGAUUUUCCGUUUGGGCGUGCUUUUACAAUUUUGCGAUUGGUCGCAGUUUUUGCUCAUUUGUACUUUUUACGAUCCUUACUGAAUUAGACCCUCAAUCUACAAACAGCCACUUGAUUCAAGUAACUUUACUCCAGGCCUUGGGUAGCUGCGGUAUAUUCAGCUCCUAACUAGCUACGGACGUGCCCAAGUCAUUAGAUUGUAUACCAUGGAGGCAUUCUACACUUCCAUAUACGCAUCAUUACUGUACUCCACUAGUGAACAACCCCUUCCUCCACUGCAGGUAUAAGGGGCUGCAAGUUUAGAUACAGACACAAUUUGAUACGCUGGAACAAUACUGAAAUAGGUCUAUUUAUACACCACAAAUGGAUGUCCAUCCAAUAAUAAAUGAGGUCCUCUGUGCCUUAUUUCUCGGUGAUGUAGCUAGUUUCAGGUGAACUGACAGGCUAAUAAUGGCAGGAGGCUUCCAUAAUUUCUGCAAUCACGCUGUAAUUGCGGCGUGAUCACAAUUACAGCGUGAUUGCAGUGGGUGGGUGGUAGCCUGCAUGCUGUGCGGCCUUGCCCUGCAAUGGGUUGCCGCCAGCAUGCGAAAAAAAGUAUUGGAAAUUCUGCUAGGAAACCUUACCGAUUGUGGUUCUAUGACUGCUGCUACAUAUUUGUACAUAGUUGUUUGGAUCUGCCAAGCGGCUUGUUGGAGUCUAAAUAGAAAUCAAGGGGACUGUGUAAUAUGCAUAUUUUCACACAUCCACAAUGUGCAGGAUUGUAGUUGUGAGCUGGCUGAUCGGCCCAAUUAUUGCACAGUGUGUACCUAAGAUAACUAUAGUAAGGAGUCUAGCACCAGAUGACCUAAGAGUCUUACUGGGUUUUUCUAAAGUUAACAUCUCUGAAGAAUAAUUUGGAGCUACACCAUGGUGGUCAUUCCGAGUUCGCUCGGUAAUUUUCUUCGCAUCGCAGCGAUUUUCCGCUAAUUGCGCAUGCGCAAUGUUCACACUGCGACUGCGCCAAGUAAAUUUGCUAUGAAGUUUGGUAUUUUACUCACAGCAUUACGAGGUUUUUUCUUCGUUCUGGAGAUCGGAGUGUGAUUGACAGGAAGUGGGUGUUUCUGGGCGGAAACUGCCCGUUUUAUGGGAGUGUGUGAAAAAAUGCUACCGUUUCUGGGAAAAACGCGGGAGUGGCUGGAGAAACGGAGGAGCGUCUGCGCGAACGCUGGGUGUGUUUGUGACGUCAAACCAGGAACGACAAGCACUGAACUGAUCGCACUGGAAGAGUAAGUCUCGAGCUACUCAGAAACUGCACAGAGAAGUCUUUUCGCAAUAUUGCGAAUCUUUCGUUUGCAAUUUUGCUAAGCUAAGAUUCACUCCCAGUAGGCGGCGGCUUAGCGUGUGCAAUGCUGCUAAAAGCAGCUUGCGAGCGAACAACUCGGAAUGAGGGCCCAUGUACGCAAGAAGCAACAUUUUAAAUUCAAUUCUAAAUGAAACUGGAAGCCAAUGUAGAGACCUUAAAACUCAUGUAAUAGGCUCACAGUUCCAAUAUGGAAGUCCAUUACCAGGUUUAUCAAGUACACAUGAGUGUGGAUUUGAUUGUGGCAAUAUAGUGACACACACUAAGCCACUAGGCAGUGUAAAAUUUAGGUGGAAUAUGUAGUCUGAAGUUCAUAAAAUUGCACCAAACAGUAAAUAUCAUGCGCUGGGUAACAGAAGGCAUGUGGGCAUUUGUUAUAUAGUACUUGACAUUUUGGUAUUACUUCCAAACAACACAAAACAAUAUGAUAAUGUUUUCUGAAAGUCAAUGUAUCUAACUUGAAUUCACAAAAUGUGUCAUAAACAGCAACACAGUGUCUAUUGUCCACAAAGAUGGCUUAUAUUUUCUUAUACAUACAUUUGCCUUACUUCCUAAAUAGACAAAUACUUUGAAACCGUAUUGAAUGUCUGUAAUUGGUCAUGCCUGGCUGUAAAAUAAUGCAUUUCUUGUGCUGCUCUCUAGCAAAGUGUUAAUGACUCUUGUGAAUCUGUGUGCACUGAAUCAUUUAGCAAAAAUGGCUGCCAGUGGGACUUUUAUUUGCAGACCUAAGCAUGUGUUGGGCCUCCCAGGCUAAACAAUUAAAAUGGUAACAAAUUAUUUUGUGAA